AUCCUGGUAGAGGCUGCACCACCGCGACAGAAAUGGCUGCCAACCUCAUGUUGUCGUUGUGAUAUUGAAGCAUGAUUAAUCCGCAAUUUACAUGUAAUCAUCAGAAGUCAGAGCAGGAGACAAAGUCACUAUUGUUCUUGAAAGAAUAAUUUAUCCGUUUCAGUGAAUCUAGAGUGCUGUUUCAACAGAUUUUUGUGUUUUCGAUUGACUCUUUUUUCGAUUUGAGAACAACAACACAGACAGACUACGACUUGUCAAUUGUCCUGUAUCAAUUUGUCGGCAUGGUAGUCACUUGUGACAUUCAAAAUAUUGAUGACAUAGAGGAUAUUACAAAGACUUUAAACAUAGAAGGACCUGUAAGGGAAAAUGGCAGGAAGUAUGUACCUCCGAAGGCAAAGAGGCUCGGGAAAGUUACUAAAUCACUGCAGAAAGACACACGUCCGGUAGCAGACAGUAUCAUUCCGGGAACGCAAAAGAUAUAUGUCAAAACAUGGGGAUGUUCUCAUAAUAACAGUGACAGCGAAUAUAUGGCUGGACAGUUAGCCAGUUUUGGAUACAAAAUCACAGAGGAUUCAGAUGAUGCAGAUCUCUGGCUUUUGAAUAGCUGUACUGUCAAAAACCCAUCUCAAGACAGCUUUCAUAAUGCCAUUGAUAAAGGAAGAGAACUUGGUAAAUAUGUUGUAGUUGCUGGAUGUGUUCCUCAGGGGCAGCCUAGAAAUGAAUUUGUUAAAGGUCUCAGUGUUGUUGGGGUGCAACAGAUUGACAGGGUAGUCGAAGUUGUGGAAGAAACGAUUAAAGGUAACACUGUUCGACUGCUUGGCAAAAAGAAAAGCGAAGGCCGUAAAAUUGGCGGUGCUGCUUUAGAUCUGCCUAAAAUCCGAAAAAAUCCGCUAAUUGAAAUAAUCGCCAUUAAUACAGGUUGUCUCAAUCAGUGCACAUAUUGUAAAACAAAGCAUGCCAGGGGUGAACUGGGUUCUUAUCCACCUGAAGAGAUAGUCGAAAGAGCAAAGCAGUCGUUUCAAGAGGGUGUCGUGGAGAUCUGGCUGACAAGUGAAGAUACUGGUGCCUAUGGAAGAGAUAUUGGGGUAACACUGCCAGACUUGUUAUGGAAGCUUGUCGAGGUUAUACCAGACGGUGCGAUGUUAAGACUUGGUAUGACAAAUCCGCCCUACAUUCUCGAACAUUUAGAGGAAAUGUCAAAGAUCCUAAGUCACCCACGUGUGUACUCGUUCCUGCACGUUCCUGUGCAAUCUGGAUCAGACAGCGUGUUGAUGGACAUGAAAAGGGAGUACUGCAGGAAUGAUUUCAAGCACGUCGUCAAUUUCCUCCAAGAAAGGGCCCCUGGCAUCACAAUAGCAACUGAUUUCAUCUGCGGGUUCCCAACAGAAACUGACCAGGAUUUCGAGGAUUCUUGUUCAUUAGUAGAAGAGUACAAGUUUCCUAGCCUCUUUAUCAAUCAGUUCUACCCUCGACCUGGUACACCAGCUGCAAGGCUCAAAAGACUUGCAAAUAACGUGGUGAAGAAUAGAACCCGACGUCUUACGAAUAUCUUUCAGUCCUACUUACCUUAUGAGGAGAAGCUUCAUAAAAGAUACAAGGUUUUGAUAACUGAGUAUUCUAAAGACGGCGAAUAUUUUGUUGGGCACAACAAAUUUUAUGAUCAGGUCCUUGUACCAAAAGAUUAUGGCGAUUUGAUGGGUAAAAUGGUGGAAGUUGAAAUUAUUGAAACUGGAAAGCAUUUCAUGAAAAGCAGGUUAAUGGAAGAUGCUGAAAUUAAAGAGCCUGGGCUCUCUAAACCACUUGAGAAAGGAGCAGUCAGUGGAACUAUGGACGAGACGAUCUGCCUUUUAACAAACAAACAAGCACCAAAGGAACUUCACCAAAACUGGACCUUUCAAGCUGGCCUUUUGUUGCUAUUCGUUACGUUGGUAUUCCGAUUUCUUUAUAUCUUUAUAAUUGCUAAAUGAGAUUUUCAAUAGUUAGUGCAAAUUGAUCGAGUUUGGACCUACCAGCACUUACACGGGGGUCAGUGUUCAAUUCAAUGAUGUGAUCUAGAGUAGAGAAUUUACGUAGGCCAUUAUCAACUCCAAAGACCCAUUUUUCGUGAAACAUGUCUUCUAUGACAACUUGCUUCAACAACAUUAACUCCAUGCUCACUACACAACUGGCAUGGUCAAUAAUAGAUGAAGAAAAAAGACAUAAUUGAUUGAUACAUAAAAUGUCUAGUCUUAGAAAUUGCGUUAUCUACAACUUAAAAUAGAAACAUAGUUUUGCAUGUUUGGUAAUAUUUGAAUUAGUCCAUGGUUGUAACUGUGAUAUUUAUAUUAUAGGUGAGAAUAGAA